AAUGCGACAGUAACGAGAUUACAGCAGCUACUCAACGCUAAGUGGAAAAGUAAAGCUGUGGAAGCAACAGUCACAACAGUUACACACAGACAGCCACGCACUAGCACAGACAGAUAGAAAGCCACGCUUAAAGAGCGCACAAAUCGAACGCACAAUGAAAAACGACGUCGUGCGAUGGAGCGGGCAGCCAAAUAGCGUCAGCAAAAACAGCAGCAGCAGGGACAGCAGCAGUGGUGGCAACAACAAGAAUAACAAUAAACACAGUCAAGAAAUAGGCAACUUAAACAAUGCACAGUCAAUGCAACAUGUUGCAAGUAAAAGAACUUGUGAGCCAAAAGCAACUAUGGCUAAUGUUGCUGCAACAAUUUCACCUUGGCAAUGGCAACAGCAGCCACGGCAACAACAGCAACAAACAAUCAAUGAAUGUGAUAUAACAAAUUUAAAUUUCAAUUGCAAUUUAUUCAACACUAGUUUUUUAACAACAACAAGAAACAAGAAUAAAACGAAUUGCGUUCGCAGAAGACAUUCGAGUGAGCUAAAAGCGACGCGAGCGCCGACGUCGACUUCAUUGCGUCUGCUUUUGCAACUUAGUAUCUUAGUGUUUUUAUGUAAUCUUAAUGUCGGUUUCGCGGCCAAAAUGGAGCCUGGCCGCGCCCAGUCGCCACUGCUGCCGCCCUAUGUGCUGGACUAUGAAACGGCUGCAGUUGGCAGCGGGGCAGGCAGCGGCGCAGGCAGUGCCAGAAGCGUGCGUGCAGUUGGCGGAAACGGGGGUCACUAUACGCACACCUGGGCGGUGCAUAUACCGAACGGUGAUAACGGCAUUGCCGACGCUGUUGCCAAGGAACACGGUUUCGUCAAUUUGGGCAAGAUCUUUGAGGAUCAUUAUCAUUUCGCGCAUCACAAGGUGUCGAAGCGUUCGCUGACGCCCGCCGCACAUCAUCAGACCCGCCUCGACUUGGACGAGCGCGUCCAUUGGGCCAAACAGCAGCGGGCCAAGUCGCGUUCAAAGCGCGAUUUUAUACGAAUGCGACCGUCGCGUACCUCAUCCCGGGCCAUGUCGCUGGUGGAUGCAGUCUCCUUCGAUGAUCCGAAGUGGCCACAGAUGUGGUAUCUGAAUCGCGGCAGUGGCCUGGACAUGAAUGUGAUACCCGCUUGGAGGGAGGGCAUAACUGGCAAAGGCGUCGUGGUGACCAUAUUAGACGAUGGACUCGAGUCCGAUCAUCCGGACAUUGAGCAAAACUACGACCCCAAGGCCUCGUACGAUGUGAAUAGCCACGAUGAUGAUCCCAUGCCGCACUACGACAUGACCGACUCGAAUCGCCAUGGUACUCGCUGUGCCGGCGAGGUGGCUGCCACAGCAAACAACUCCUUCUGUGCGGUGGGCAUUGCCUAUGGGGCAAGUGUGGGCGGUGUGCGGAUGCUGGAUGGUGAUGUGACUGAUGCUGUGGAGGCGCGCUCGCUCUCCCUCAAUCCUCAGCACAUAGACAUCUAUAGCGCCUCGUGGGGGCCCGACGACGAUGGCAAGACUGUGGACGGACCCGGCGAGCUGGCCUCACGCGCCUUCAUUGAGGGCACAACGAAGGGGCGUGGCGGCAAGGGCAGCAUCUUUAUUUGGGCAUCUGGCAAUGGAGGCAGGGAGAUGGACAAUUGCAAUUGCGAUGGCUAUACGAACUCCAUAUGGACGCUGUCCAUAUCGAGCGCCACCGAGGAGGGCAACGUGCCAUGGUAUUCGGAGAAAUGCAGCUCCACGCUGGCCACCACCUACAGCAGCGGCGGGCAGAGCGAGAAGCAGGUGGUCACCACAGAUUUGCAUCAUUCAUGCACCGCAUCGCAUACGGGCACCUCGGCCUCGGCACCGCUCGCCGCGGGCAUUGCAGCCCUCGUGCUGCAGUCGAAUCAGAAUCUGACCUGGCGCGACCUGCAGCACAUUGUGGUGCGCACCGCAAAGCCAGCGAAUCUCAAGGAUUCCAGUUGGACGAUCAACGGUGUUGGCCGACGUGUGAGCCACUCCUUUGGCUAUGGUCUCAUGGAUGCGUCCGAUAUGGUACGCGUCGCACGCAGCUGGAAAACGGUGCCCGAGCAACAGCGCUGCGAGAUCAAUGCUCCACACGUGGACAAAGCCAUUCCGCCCCGCAAGCACAUCACACUGCAACUGUCCGUCAACCACUGCCUCUCGGUCAACUACCUGGAGCAUGUCCAGGCCAAGAUCACCUUAACCUCGCAGCGACGAGGCGACAUUCAGCUAUACCUGAAGUCCCCAGCAAAUACGAGGGUUACGCUGCUGACAUCGCGCAUUCACGAUAAUUCGCGUUCUGGGUUCAACCAAUGGCCCUUCAUGUCGGUGCACACGUGGGGCGAGUCGCCGCAUGGCAACUGGCAGCUGGAGAUACAUAACGAGGGACGCUAUAUGGGCCACGCCCUGUUGCGCGAGUGGUCGCUGAUCUUCUAUGGAACCACGCUGACCAUCGAUCCGAGGGAUCCGAUUUCGGUACCGCGUGUCGGCAGCGGCGACGAACAGGCAACCACGCCCAAUUCGAGUGGCGGACAGGGCAGCACCAGCAGCAACCUGCACCAGGUCUAUUCGCCGCAAUAUCCUCUCAUAUCGCCAAACAAUUUCGCCCUGACGCCGGCAGGUGGCGCCAAGCUGCCGUUGGGCAAAAUACCAUCCAAUAAAUCCAAUUUAGUGACCAACAAUCCGUUGCUGUUGCUGCCGCCGGUGCCGCCACCCAAGCAAGGCUAUCAGCAAAUCUCUGCCACAUAUGGCGUCCUGCUGGGCAAAACCAACAGCAACAACAACAACAACAAUAAGGGCAACAACAAAGGCAACAACAAGGCCGGUAAGAAUAAUAAGGCAGGCAAUGGCAAGGCCAACAACAAAAAGGAACAAAAUAUACAGAGCAGCAAUAGCAACAGCAACAGCAGCAGCACUGGAACUGGUAGCAACAAGAACAAAUAUUAUCGCAUAUCACAGCAGCACAGCGGAGGCGGCGGAGGCGGAGGUGGAGGCAAGUCAAAGGGCCAGGCAAAUGGUCUGCAAACGCAACGCCCCAAAGCUAGCUCCAGCGAAAAGCUUUACGAUGAAAAAACGCGCAAAGUCAUAGGCGAAAUUAUCAACAGCAACUCGAACAACAACAGCAACAAUAACAGCAGCAAUCGCGGCAACGGCUCGACUGGACCACGCCUACCUGGCAAGGCAGCCAAACAGGUGAAGGACAACAGCCAGGACUCGCGCAUACCAAAACUAUUCGAGCACUAUGAAAAGAUUCAGGCUAUAUUUCCCGAGCUGGAGCCUUACGUAACCAGCAACCAGCCCAAAGCCAGGCCUGGCACGCAACAACAACAGCAGCAGCAGACGCCGCGCAAACAGGGCAAACAAUUUGAAGUGGACCUGUUCCGGCCCACAAUGGGCAAUGCUGGCAGCAGCAGCAGCAGCAGCAGCAGCAAACCGGGCAAUACAAAGAAGUCGCCAUCCGCACCGCCGCCUCCAUCACAGCCGAUGCUGCCAGCGGGCGGCAGCAGUUUUUUGCCCGAUCAGCGCAUACUCAAAAAACAGCAACUGCUGAUGGCCGCCGCCGGUGUGCUAGCGCCCCAGACUGACAACGAUGAUAAUGUGAAUGCCAAUGUUGAUUCGGAGGCGGACGAUGACGAUGACUCAGAGGAGGCCACCUUGCAGCUAGCGCCGAGCAGCUAUCGCAAGAGCAGCUCAGCAAAUGCGCAAAUCACACAAUGGGACUUGAUAUUCUAUGGCACCGAGGUGCCCGCCCAGCCGGACGACCAGCCCCACCAGAGCCAGCAGAGCCAAUUCCAUUUGUAUGGCAACGAUAUGGCGCACAAUGACAUCGAGCACGAUGCCAGCGGACAAUGGCGCAAUAUGCAACAGGUGGGCGAAGUGGGCAUGUCACAGGAUCGCAGCAAUGCAGCUGCAUGCCUCAAGUGGAGCGACCAGAAAUGUUUAGACUGCCAGGAGCCCAGUUACUUCUAUCAGGACCUCUGUUAUGACGAGUGCCCUCAGCACACCUACCCCCAGACUAAUGCAGAUGAGCUAGAUAUGGACGUAAUGCUGAACGAACUGGAUGCCACAUCUGCUACUGCUGCACCAGAUCCCGAUAACGAAUCGCACAGCACUGGCCAUAGUUUCAGCGAUCUGGACGAUCCGAUGCAGGCGGCAGAACGUCGACGUCGUGACAGCGAGUCCAGCAGCAGCACCGUGCUGUUGACGGCGCGUCACAGUCGCAUCUGUUCCAUCUGCGACAAGAGCUGCCUGCGCUGCUACGGCCCCAGCGUCUCUCAGUGCAGCACCUGCAAUCCGGGCAGCCAGCUGCGCAAACUGCCUCAGACCAAUGAAACCUAUUGCUACGCCUACGUUGUGCGCAGCACCGUGGUGGAUAUCUCCAAUCCGACUAGCGGGCAACUGGCAACCGAUGGCAAGGUGCAGUACAUGAGCUGGACCACUGCGUUGCUUGUGAUCGCUGUUAUUAUAUCAUUGGUGGGCGUGGGUGUGGCUGGGGGAGUGCUCUACCAACGGGGAGAGGCCAAGUCGGAGAUCUACACGCGCGUCGCUCUGAUCGCCGACGAUAGCGACGAGGACGAGGAGGAGGAGGAGGAGGAGCUCUUCAGUGCACGCCGUCAUCAUCAAAGUGUUGUGCUCGAAUAUCAUGAUGAACUGCAGCCGAAGCAGCUGCCCAGUGAGUCGCUUGAAGAUGGAAAAAAUGAGAAUGAGGAAGAGCGCGCCCAGCUAGUGCCCAAGUAGCCCAAGUCCUGUUAUCUUAAUUCAUUAGUCCUAAGUGCAUUUACAUCUAGUUACAACUCACAUACAGUUCGAUGCAGUCGAAUGUAGCCGACUGCACAAUGCUCGUUCACAGUCCAAUAAAAACUAGCCUGUUGAAAUUAGCAAUCUGGCAUCAUGUUCUUGCUUCGGAAUUUUCAGAAGGAUUCUUUCUACGGUUUCAAGGCAUGCAGCCCGAGGCAAAGAUACUCUUCUCACUGUGUGAACGAGUGUGACAAAUCUAGAGCAGCAUUUUAACAUUCAACUCCUGCGAUUUAUUUAUUAUACGCACUUAAAUUAUUUAGUUUUCUUGAAAUUGAUUUUCGAAAAUGUAUUAUUCUAGUUUUAAGCUUAACACAAAAU